AUGCAAGCUCUGCAAGCUUUAGAAGCUAUGGAGCAACUAGGAAAUGCUCCGCAUCGUCGUCGUAAGGCUUACCAGAAGAGAUAUGAUCCGUUUUCUUUGUCCGAUGUAGAGUUCAAAAAGCGAUACCGCUUCAAUAAACAUACGGCAUCUUUUAUAAUUGAUCUUGUAAGGGAGGAUUUACAACUGGACCCAAGGGGUUGUGGUACAUCACCAGAAUUGCAGGUGUUAACUGCCAUUAGAUGUUGGGGACGUCGUGAAGUAAGUCUCAACUCCUAG